AGGACUUGACAUCGCGGAGCAGCACUGCAAUAUCCAUCGAUUCGGGACCGAAGAUUUCCCCUCUGCAUUCUCGCAAGACUGGUGCCACCUGUACAUAAUAAUCCAUUACAACUCUGUAACAAAAGCAAUCAUGUCUAUGGGAAGUGACUUUGGGAACCCUUUAAGGAAAUUCAAACUUGUUUUUUUAGGGGAGCAAAGCGUUGGAAAAACAUCGCUGAUAACAAGGUUCAUGUAUGACAGUUUUGACAACACUUAUCAGGCGACUAUUGGAAUUGACUUUUUAUCAAAAACCAUGUACCUGGAGGACCGAACUGUGAGGUUACAGCUGUGGGACACUGCGGGGCAGGAGCGUUUCAGGAGUCUCAUUCCGAGCUACAUAAGAGACUCCACAGUGGCUGUGGUGGUGUAUGACAUCACAAAUAUCAAUUCAUUUCAGCUUACCUCCAAAUGGAUUGAUGAUGUCAGAACAGAGAGGGGAAGUGAUGUCAUCAUCAUGCUGGUGGGCAAUAAAACAGACCUUGAGGAGAAGAGGCAAAUCACUAUUGAAGAGGGGGAGCAGAGGGCUAAAGAGCUGAAUGUGAUGUUUAUUGAGACCAGUGCGAAGACCGGCAGCAACGUUAAACAGUUGUUCCGGCGAGUGGCUGCUGCUUUGCCAGGAAUGGAGAGCUUGGAUGAAAAUAACAAAGAAGGCAUGAUCGACAUUAAGCUGGACAAACAACCAGAUCCUCCGGCCACUGAAAGUGGGUGUUCCUGUUAGUAGAAAGCAGUUUGGACCUUCAUUUAACACCACACGCUUGUUUUGUUGCUUCCUAUGGGUCCACGUACAGUUGAACUUUAUGAUCGGAUAUAGGCUUUUAACAUCUAUCUGAAUGGGUCUGAUAUUAUACUCCUCAGUUGCAAGAAAAAUCACUGUCAGUUCAAUUGCCAAAAGAAUAUAAUAGGUAAUUCCAAACGACUAGCUAACAGAUUCAUAUGAGACAGGAAGUGGCAUGUGUACCAUCAUCGGACAAAAACAUUCAGAGUGGAUUAUCAGUUGUUAUGUUUUGUAUUUUUGUACAUUACAAAAGCACUAAAUGCCUUCACAAAAACUAAUAAGAAAUAAGAGGAACGUCAGAUUAACUGUCGUUCGACUAUAGCAUGCAUGUAAGACAACUUUUAGAAUCUGUUAUGUCCUUUGGUCCAUACACAUCAGUAGUAAAGAAACAAUUAUUGAAAAAGAAAAAAAAGAGAAAGAUCCUGUAAAAAGUCUCAGUGUGAGUCUGUGUGUAUGCUGUACAUCUUACAUGCUAAUCCAGUAGCAGGCCUCGGUGAGGGGUGUGCACGCUCUGGCUAACCUUUAAAGUGCGUUGGCACUGUUGCAAAGAACUAAUGGAUUUUUUCUGCUAGCAUCAUGUAUACACCUUAGAUCCGUACUGUAUUGUAUAUAGUAUUUAUAUUAUUGUGAACAUCCAUCAUCUACUCUAGACGUAGUUUUUGUUCACCUGUACAAAUAUUAUUUUCUUUAUUUUAAUAUGAAAAGGGCUUCACUCUUGUUUUAUUUCUCUCACCUGUAGCCAUACACUGGUAGUGAAGUAUUCGAUUUGAUUUGGGCAUUUUUUUGUUGCCUUAUAUUGUUUUAUUGUUCCAGCAGGGUCAUUUGAUUUUUAAAUGAUCUUUUCCGAAGGCAUACUUUUAAUCCCAUUACACCCCUCAACAGGAAUUUAGAGAAAGAGAAAGUGUCAUUUAGAAUGAGGUGAGGAAGGUGAAUUUGAGGUGAGCCUUAGAAACAACUGGAUUGUCAUUUCAAAUACAUGCACUUUGUUCUGGGUUCUGACAAGGAAAUGUAUUUCUUUUCGCUUCGUAAAGUGAUGAAACAGGUAAAUGAUUGUCAUAUCUCUCAUAAAGCCUUACUGGUAUGAAAGCAGAUGUCGAAAUUCAUAAUGUUAGCUAGAGGUGAAAACUGCUUUUUUUCUGUAAUGACUUCACCUCGACAUUUUUAAAACAGAGCUGAGCGGAAACAGAAUGUACAAUGUUAGUAGUUAACUCGCAAUGUUCAGGUUAUUGCAACAGAAAUGUGAGUUGUUUACGAAUCUGUCUGUAAAAAUAUUAGCUGGGAUCUUUUAACUUUAUUUUUUUGUUUCGUAUCUUAAAUUGUUUACAUAAAUGCACUGACUAACACCACUGACUGUAUAGAGAUUCUUGGAUUAAUUUAGAAUAUAUUAAGCGUUUAAAAUAUAUUUAAUUUUGGUACCAAUAAUUUAUUAAUUUGAACAAAAAUGAUCGUUUUUGUUGGACAUAAGGAAUUACUGUGACUGAAUUGAGGGAACUUACAGUCGACUUUAGCUUUGCUCUGAUACAAACUGUGGAUUUUUAAAUGGGUCACCGAUAUUAACUUAGGGGUGGGGCUGAGGUAGAUGAGUUUUUCAUUGAGAGGUCAUAAGUCAUCUUUUACAUUUCUCAAGCCUCCAUUUCUUCUUGUUGUUUGCUUUGUCAUCUUUCACUUUUGUACACUAGUUGUGCCUUCUGUUGUUGUGACACCACAAUGCAAAGCUUUCACUGUAUGGCUACCUGAGAACACAUGUUUUAGACUGAGAAAGAUGGUCACUGACAGGUUGGCCAGGCAACCGACAGAGUUACAACAUUGUGUGAUAUUCAUUUAAUGAAAUCUUGUGUUCACGUGGUCAAGCGUUGAAGCGCUGCAGAACAUUCUGAUGUAAGGGGAAGGUUUUAUGUAAGACCGGAAAAAAUGUUGCUAUUGAAAGUGCUUGAGGAGGUCGAAUCCCUCAAAGAUGUUGCCAUAGGAUUGUGUAAAGCAGUGUAGUUGCCUCUUUAUUCACUCUGUAAGGACAUUUAUGAGCAUGACAUCUGUCUGAAAAAAUCAAUAAAAUCCAUGUCUUAAUACCA